UCUCUCUUCUUUAUCUUAUAGAUAAGAGAUCUUGACCUUAUUGGGCCAAUCUCACAUGAUAUCAAAAGAAAAGGCCAUGUCAAUACUCUGAGGCCUCCAGUCUUUUUCCCAAUCUGAUGAGCACUAACUAUUUGGCAUAAGAAAGAAAAUCUUCAUCAACAAUUAUUGGCUUGGUUGGUUGAGGGCCAACUGGAGGGAUGGUUUUGUAAUUUCACGCCCAACAGACAUAUGAACAUGCUUGCUACAGUUGAGAAAACCAGAGGACCCAUUGAACUGAAAGGAAUUUCUCAUGCCUCAUUAAGAGGCUCCCUAAAUGAAAACAAGAUAGUUCUGCCUUUUUUUUUUUCAUUGUUUUUAUCUAUUUUUUCUUUUUCUUUUUCCUUCUUUUUCUUUUCUUUCCUUUCUUCUGUGUAAUGCUUGCUCUUGAAGGCCCACAUUUUGAACAGAGGGAGAAAAAGGGUGGGAAUUGUGAAUGAUUGGUUUCACCCACAGACCUCUUUUCUGAGUGCGUAUGUAGUUUCAGCUCCUCCUGAUAAGUAACAAAGAAAAGAAAAACAUCUGCAUCUUUCUGCAUUUUCUGAUGAAAAUCAAUCUCGACCUUCUGGGUAUCUGAUAUUAUAAAGAAUGUUUGAUGAUUUCAAGGCUUUAUUCUUUCUGAGUUUUCUGACAUCACUAGCACUUGUUUCAAAGCACCUAGCUCCCUGAAUUGGUGGUUCUUGUCCUUUUCAACGAAUUUUUGCAGGAUUUCAUGAGAUGGAUCACAGAAAUUGUAGUUGUUCUAUGUGAGAUUGUUAAAUGGCAAAGAGGAAGAGCUGGUUUGGUUUCGUGAAGAGGCUGUUUGUAUGGGACGCACAGUCCAAACCAGAGAAGAAAGAGAAAAGAAGGAAAUGGAUCUUUGGAAUUGGAAGGCUAAAGAUAAAGAGAUUACCUUCUAUUACAGCUCCACCAGCAACACAAAAAGAAACAAAACAAGAGGUUGAAAAGCUCAAUAAUGGCAAUCAAUGUUACGAAGAAACUGAAGAAUUACAAAUUGUUAACUCCAGAAUUGAGGCUCCUCAACCCACAUCACAAUGCCAUGGCAAGAUUGAAGAAUCUUCAGCCAUCAAAAUUCAAACUACCUUUCGGGGUUAUCUUGCAAGGAAGGCUCUAAGGGCAUUGAAGGGAAUAGUGAAGCUACAAGCUAUCAUUAGAGGCAGAGCAGUAAGGCGGCAAACUAUGAGCACCCUCAAGUGCUUGCAGUCACUCGUUGAUAUCCAGUCACAGGUCUGUGCCAAGAGACUCCAAAUGGUUAAGGGAAGAUGGGAUUAUGAUGAAAACCAAGAGAUUCCAAGUUCAAGGGACAAGAUAAUCAGGAUGGAUUCAAACGGUGAAAGGAGGUGGGAUGACAGCAUUUUGUUGAAGGAAGAGACAAAUGUUUCUCACAUGAGCAAAAAGGAAGCAGAAAUUAAGAGAGAACGAAUGAAAGAAUACUCGUUCAAUCAUCGAAGAUCAGCAGAAUCAGAGAGAAAGAAGGUAAAUGGAAGAUUGAGGUAUUGGAUGGAGCAGUGGGUAGAUACUCAACUUUCCAAAAGUAAAGAACUUGAGGAUCUGGAUUCAGUUUACAGUUCACAUUACGGAGCAGGGGAAGAAGAUGGAAGAACAGGAAGAAGACAGCUACUUCUGAGAAAUAUUCAGAGUCAAAGGCAAAAUCAGAUUGAAGGCCUAGGCCUAUAUUCUCCAAAACUUGCUCCAGUAAGAAAACUUUCUCCUCACAGAAGGCAACAUUCUCUGGGAAAUGAUGAGCUUUCAAGCCCUUCUGUACUUCCCCCAUACAUGGCAGCAACAGAAUCAGCCAGAGCAAAAGCAAGAUCUUCAAGCUCCCCAAAACUAAGAACGGUGAAUGUGGAUCCAACAAAACUUGAUGGGAACUCACCAUGCAAAAAGAAGCUAUAUUUUGUAUCUUCUUCCAUUAACCAGCCAAGAUCUCCAAGUUUAAAGGCAGUCUCAGGACCUAUUAGAGCAAGCAGGACAAUGAAGGAUCUCAGCAUUAACUCUGAUAGCUCAUUUCUGUACGGAUACAAUAGAGAUUGGGAUGGGCCAGGUAUUUUCAAAUGAGGCUUUGGAUCCUGAUGCUGCUUGCAUUAACAGAACUCUGUGGGUUUUGAAGAGAAUGACUCUGUUCCUUGCCUUGUAAAUUUUGAGUGGAUAUAAUUGUUUUUGAUUUUGAGUGAACAUCAAUGUCAAGAUUGGUUGCCGAGGGGAAAACAAAGGCUCAUGCCUCGUCUGGUUGUGGUUGGAAAGGAGAAAAUCAAUUCCUUUUGUUGCUUCUCUUCAUAACGUUUAUUGUAUCUUUGUAAUUAUUAUCUAAUAGUUUUUUAUUUUAUA